GGUACAGAGAAGGAUGCUGCAGGUUUCUGCUUCCCUGGAGCAGCUGCUGACAGAGCUGGAUGACUUCUUGAAGAUUCUUGACCAGGAGAACCUGAGCAGCACAGCUGUGGUGAAGAAGAGCGGCCUGGCCGAGCUCCUCCGGCUCUAUACCAAAAGCAGCAGUUCUGAUGAGGAGUACAUUUAUAUGAACAAAGUGACCGUCCACAAGCAACAGGAUGCCGAGUCCCAAGACAAAGCACCCGAGGAGCAGAACCCACUGACCAACGGGGAGCCCGGCCAGCACUCCUUGGCCCCUCAAAAGAGCCUUCCAGACCUCCCGCCACCCAAGAUGAUUCCAGAGCGGAAACAGCUUUCCAUCCCAAGGAUCGAGUCUCCAGAGGGUUACUAUGAAGAGGCUGAACCCUAUGACACAUCUCUCAAUGAGGACGGUGAGGCCGUGAGCAGCUCCUACGAGUCUUACGAUGAGGAGGAGAGCAGCAGGGGCAGGGCGGCCCCCCACCAGUGGCCCUCGCCCGAGGCCAGCAUCGAGCUGAUGCGUGACGCCCGCAUCUGCGCCUUCCUGUGGCGCAAGAAGUGGCUGGGCCAGUGGGCCAAGCAGCUCUGCGUCAUCAAGGACACGAGGCUCCUGUGUUACAAAUCCUCCAAGGACCACAGCCCCCAGCUGGACGUGAGCUUGCUGGGCAGCAGCGUCGUGCACAAGGAGAAGCAGGUGCGGAAGAAGGAGCACAAGCUGAAGAUCACGCCGCUGAACGCCGACGUGAUCGUGCUGGGCCUACAGAGCAAGGACCAAGCCGAGCAGUGGCUCCGGGUCAUCCAGGAGGUAAGCGGCCUGCCUUCCGAAGGAGCGUGCGAGGGAAACCAGUACGUUGCAGACACCCAGCGCCUGAGCAGUCCGAAACCAGAUAUAAGCGAGAAGUACCUGUCAGCCUCGGAGUGUGGAAGCUCUACAGAUGGCCACCCUGAGGUCCCAGAGACCAGAGACGUCAAGAAGAAAUGUUCUGCUGGCCUCAAGCUGAGCAACCUGAUGAACCUGGGCAGGAAGAAGUCUACCUCGCUGGAGCCUCCGGACCGGUCCUUCGAAACAUCCAGUUACCUGAACGUGCUGGUGAACAGCCAGUGGAAGUCGCGCUGGUGCUCCGUUAGGGACAGUCACCUGUACUUCUACCAGGACCGGAACCGGAGCAAGGCAGCCCAGCAGCCCCUCAGCCUGGUGGGCUGUGAGGUGGUUCCGGACCCGAGCCCCGACCACCUCUACUCCUUCCGCAUCCUGCACAACGGCGAGGAGCUGGCCAAGCUCGAGGCCAAGACUUCCGAGGAAAUGGGCCACUGGCUAGGCCUUCUGCUCUCUGAGUCGGGCUCCAAGACAGACCCAGAAGAAUUCACCUACGACUAUGUGGACGCCGACAGGGUUUCCUGUAUCGUGAGUGCCGCGAAAACCUCUCUGCUACUGAUGCAGAGGAAGUUCUCAGAGCCGAACACUUACAUUGAUGGCCUGCCCAGCCAGGAUCGUCAGGAGCUGCUAUAUGACGACGUGGAGAUGUCAGAGCUGAUGGCAGCGGUGGAAACCCCAGAGGAAGCUGCCCCUGUGACAGAUGCUCCAAGCCAGCCUGAGCUCGACCGGGUGUACCUGGACCUCACACCAGUCAAGUCCUUCCUGCACGGCGCUGGCGGGGCCCAGGCCCAGGACCCCCUCUCCACGCCACCCCACCAGGACCCUCCAGCUGAGGCCCUUCCUGCAGACCCUGCCCCUGCCCCAGCCCUUGAGGAGUCCCUCGUGAAGCCUCCAGAGAACCCUGAGUUGGAGCAGAUGCAGCAGGAGAGUCUGGAACCCGAGGAGCCUUCCCUGAGACUCGCAGCAGUCAAGAUCCAGACUGAACAGCAGAAAACCUCCUCACCAAGCUGCCCUGAUGCUGCAGCCAUCACGCCAGCUGGGGCCAGCCCCCCUGUGAAGGACAGGCUGAAGGCAACCAGUGCAGAGAUCAAACUGGGCAAGAACAGGACAGAAGCUGAGGUGAAACGGUACACAGAGGAGAAGGAGAGGCUGGAGAAGCAGAAGGAAGAAAUCCGGGGGCACCUGGCUCAGCUCCGGAAGGAGAAACGAGAGCUGAAGGAGACCCUGCUCAAAUGCACGGACAAGGCCAUGGUGGCCAACUUGGAGCAGAAGCUGAAGGAGAUUGACGAGGAGUGCAGGACGGAGGAGCGCAGGCGUGUGGACCUGGAGCUCAGCAUUGUGGAGGUGAAGGACAACCUGAAGAAGGCCGAGGCAGGGCCCGUGACGCUGGGCACCACCGUGGACACCACCCACCUGGAGAACGCGAGCCCCCGACCCAAAGCUGCCACCCUAGCUCCUGUCCCCGACUGCACCCCAGUCAACUCCGCAACUGCGCUCAAGAAUAGGCCUCUGUCAGUCAUGGUCACAGGCAAAGGCACUGUCCUCCAGAAAGCCAAGGUGUUUGACUGGUACCCUAGGAAUGGGAGAAGAAAGGAACGAGUUAGGAAACAAGCUUCGUCUAAAGACCCUCCCGUCGAUACGGACCUUGGUGACAAUCCUGCUGUGUUACCGUCUUCAUUAAAGCAGCAACUCUGUGAAAGGGUGAGUCUGUUUACAAGCAAAAGGAAGCGCUGGGGUUCUGUGGAUGGAAAGCUUCAGCUAAGAGGAGGCUCUGUCCCUUUGGAGAGCCAAAGGAAGUAAGACAACAGAUCUCCAAAAAAGCCUUUUUGUUACUUAGUCUAUUCGUUGUAAACAAGACAUUGCUGUGUUUAGGGGUAUUUUGUGUUUCUUCCUUGAAGUUUUCAUCAAUUGCUUGAUCAAGCUUUUUUAAGUGAAAAGCUUCUGAUGUUGACACUUCUGUGGAAGAGAAAUCAAGGUAGCAGGGCCCGGUCCCACUGAUCACAUGGCUUUGGUGAUCAAGAAGAUCUAAGCUCCUGACUGGCAUCUCCUAUCCAAUUCUUAGCAGUGUCUGGGGUUAAACUGUCCUUUUCUUCCACUAUGUAAACCAUCUGUGGUUUUUUGAAAAAUGGUGAUGGGGGAAAUAUUUGGGACCAAGCUGAGGCACAGUUCCCAAUAAAUUAAGGACUUUUUUUUUCAGCCUUAAACAGGCCUGAAUCAAUUGGUUUUAAAUAAAAUUUUGUGAUGCUGUAUUAUAUAGAAGAAAAUGUUUAAAAUCUUGUAAUUUAGAACAGUCAAAAGUGUCUUUGCAGAUUUAACUGACUUUUUACAUUACCAUAGAAACAAGAUUACCCUGUGUUUACAGAUUCAGUCCUGUGGCGAGGUCAUUUUUAAGGGAAGAGUUAUUUAAUAUAAUGCUCUCUUAGUCCCGGUUUUUUAAGUUGUGCGUAAUGUCCAGGCCCUUCCCAAGGAAAAAGGGGUGAAUUUUGUUUUCGGUGGUUGCUUUCUUCUCUCAAAAUUGGAGUGCUGUCCUGUGUGCUGCCGGUUCUCUUCCGAUGGCACUGUUAACACAGGCUGAAACAUUUCAACUAGCAUCUCUGCCUCAUUUCUGGGGGCUCCAAACCAGCGUUCUCUAACCCUGGUUCCUGAGAACUAAAGGUCUUUUUGUCUUUCUAAUCCCAGGGCAUUUCUUUCCUUUGUCAUAAAUACUUGGUGUCCCAAGUGGUGAGUGAGAUUUUUUUUUUUUAAUAAAAUGUUAAUUGUA